AUGGCCUCUUCCGAGCAGCUCAACUUCAACCCACCGCACCGCCCUCAGGAGAAUGCUAUCGAGGCCUUCAACCUCCUCCUCCCCACCCUCAAGUCAGAGAUUGUCAAAUCUCGCAGACACUGGGACGCCCAUGAGCCACGCAUGUGGUCCCGCGCGGCCGGCCUGUCCGACCAGGAGCUCGUCGCUUUCAAGAUCGCCGAGGAUCUCGUCGAGGUCAGGAGCGCUGCGACGUCGUAUGGCACGAUCAUCCUUGGGAAGAUUAGGCUUCCGGGUGUGAAGGACGAGGAGGGAGAGGGAUUCGUUCAUGUUAGGAUCCACGACCCUCCCAACAGGGGUACCGAGGACAUCCGUUUCCACUCCCUAUUCACCGAUGAGAUCAGGAAGGACCCAGAUGAACCCCCUGUCGACUUCCGCGCCAUCCAGGUCGCCAGCAAGCCACUCCAAUUCUUCAACGAGUAA